CCCAAUUCUAUCUUGAGCAAACCGCUCUCGGUUUGGCUUUCUUGUAUUGCUUAGGUGCCAGAGGUGCAGCACGCAAUACCGCGAAUGUGUCACAUGUCAAGCCACAGUGCCACAGCGAGAGUAACAAGCAACUUUUGCAACACACACGGCCAGGGCAGCUCGAUCAACUCUUACAACCAGCGUCAAGUCCUAGGUAUGCAAUAUGUCGACCCCCAACCUGAUAGCAGUUUUCAGGAAGAUGCCCAAGGAACUUUUCCGAGUCAACAAUGGCCGCCAGGUCAAGCUGCGGACGUGGACGCCAAAACGACACGUCUAUGACAUCUUUGUGAAGAAUGGACGUGUCGAACCAAAGGCUCUCGACCCGUCGACUUAUGCGGCCCCGAAUGGCGCAUCGAUGCGGCCAAAUUCACCGUACCAGCAAUCGCUGGUCAACUGGCGAUUCAGGGGCGACGACAUGGUUGUGUAUUCGGUCCCCGAAGACCUCGACGCAAAGAUCACACAGUUCAUGAUGACCAACGCCAGGGCAUUUACCACGGAUCAGUGGCUUGAGGCGUAUCCAGAAGCGACCGAGGAGUCCAAUUUCCCAAAUACGGAGCGGGGCCAGUCGAGAGGGAAGACGCAGCAGCGAUAGAUACCCGACACUUUGCGGGAAUGCCGCCGUUUAUUUAGCUCAUCUCCACUCCGCCAGGAAUGCCCAGCCGCGUUCUACAGCGAGCCGUUCCCCGGUUCCAGGGAGUUGGCCCCACCAAAACCCCCCCACCCUCGGCAUCACAGGGAAAA